UAUCGCGAGAGCGUACAGAAUUCCAGGCGCUUGUGUGUGUUCUCUAUGUUCUCCUCGCUUCGUUGGGAGACAAGAAAAUAAACCUAUGGCUGCUAACCAGGCUAGUUAGGGAGCCAAACCCUAAAGACUCACUUUGCCAUCUGUGAUUGGCUAAGAGGUGCUUUUUCCUGCAUGUAGCGUCUCUAUCUGGAAGUAAAGCACAGGAAGUGUUUGGAUUUUCAGGCCGUCUCUUCUUUAAAAGUCAAGUUGAGAGGUUUUUGAGUAGCUAGCCUAUAUACGAGCUAGCUAACUGGGCUAGCCGCAGCCUAGAAGAGGAACACUGUGUGAACUUCGUAUGGAUUGACUGUUGCGAAUGGGAUAGUAGUCUGCUGUGUUUGACUGCAAGCCUUCUUUGGGGUUGUUUCCUUCACACAGACGUCUGCUGCUACUUAAUAUGAACUAUCGCCACGGAGCUUGAGGGUGAUAACUGUGCAAAUGUUGUUUUUGUGGCUUAACGUUACGCCAACACGUUAUUGAUUUGAAAUUCACUGGCAAGCUAACAGGAUAUUAGCCACCUUUCUCUCCAUUCCGCUUUGUGGUUGCAGGCCAUGGACUGAAAAGCAUUUAUCACUGACUGAAUGAUGGGAAGGCUGGCUUGAUGGCAGCUAAUUAUUUAUUUGGAAAAAGCUGUUGGAUAUAGCUAAAUGGACAAAAUAGAGGUUUGGUUUAAACGUUCUCUUUGAGCAAUUCAGCUCUUGUUCGGUCUGUUUUUUUUUUUUUACUUGAAAAUGCAUCGGAGUGCUGGAGCUUUUUCGAAGUUGGGAUAACGUUAGAAGAGACGGAACAACAACAACAAAAAAAAAAAAACAGCGGGAUUAUCUCCAGCUUCACUGCUGAUACAAGUCCUCCAGAGAAAUUACUCCAGAGAUUUUUUAAAAGAGGUUAAUUAUAAUGUCUACCGCAAAAGAAAAUCCCUGCAGGAAAUUCCAGGCGAACUUCUUCAACAAAAGUAAAUGUCAGAACUGUUUCAAACCACGGGAGUUGCAUCUGCUGACGGAUCAGGAUUUGACCCAGGCUAAACCUAUUUAUGGUGGAUGGCUGUGCUUGGCCCCUGAGGGAACUGACUUUGACAAUCCCAUGCAGAGAUCCCGGAAAUGGCAACGAAGAUUCUUUGUGCUGUAUGAACAUGGCUGUCUGCGAUUUGCACUGGAUGAAUCCCCAAGCACACUGCCUCAGGGCACUGUGAACAUGAACCUCUGUACGGACGUCAUUGACGCCGAGCCCAAGACGGGCCAGAAGAACUCCCUGUGCAUCAUCACCCCCGACCAGGAAUACUUCAUCAGAGGAGAGAAUAAAGAGAUCAUCAAUGGGUGGAGUGAACAGCUGGUGGUGUACCCCCGAACCAACAAACAGAACCAGAAGAAGAAACGCAAGGUGGAGCCUACAACCUCCCAAGAGCCAGGUCCAGCAAAAGUAGCAGUGACUUGCUCUGGUAUCUCCGAGGCUGAGAAGGUUCCAGACUCCAGCUCCAUCAUCUGGCAGGAGGAGCUGAACCAAAAAGAGGCUGAGGGGGCUACAGUCUGGGCUGCUGCUGACCAUCCUCAAGGAUCACAACUGCCCCCUGCAGGUGACUGUGCAUCUGUGGGCCAGGGUUCCGAAUCAGGCUCAGUGAACGGAGACGAACCAGACCGGGGUGGCCUGGUGCUGCACGGCUCUGUACCCCAGCCACCCAGUGACCUACUCUCCCCCACAGGCUCCUGCUCCAGCCUGGGAGGAGUCCCACGCUGCCUCUCACCAGCCCCUUGUGACCCCUUCCCUUCUGGCAGCUCCCUACUCUCCAAUGGCUCUCACAUCAGCGACUCGGUCAGCUCUCUGGAUUCGGAUGGCAGCGGCAGCACAGUGACUAGCACUGACAGCCACCCAGCCACCCAGAGGUCCAGCCACUCUUACAGCCACCAUGACACACCGCGAUCCAGACGGCUGGAGGCAGAGGCCAGAAAGGCUGAGAAGAGGAGCCGGUAUAGGAGCCCAGACAGGCAGGAGAGGGAGGCCGUCCUCAGCCCCGAGAGAAGUCGCUCCGGUGUGAUUGAGAAGUUGGAGGCCUUGGAGCUGGAGAAUCCAGAGAAAAUGGAGGUGGAAGAGUCAGGAAGGAGCGGAGCCAGACAGGGCCGAAGCGAGCACAGACGCUUCCACAGAGAGGAACAGAGGCGUGACGGGGACCAGGGAAUGGAUUUCCCCUCUACACUGCCCCCUCUGAGGAGAGCGAAGUCCCUGGAUAGAAGGACCACGGAGUCCAUAAUGACACCGGAUUUACUGAAUUUCAAGAAGGGUUGGAUGGUGAAGCUGGAUGAGCAAGGCCAGUGGAAGAAAUACUGGUUUGUUUUGACGGAUCACAGCCUGAGAUACUACAAGGAUUCCAUUGCAGAGGAGGCCUCUGACUUGGAUGGUGAGAUCGACCUGUCUACCUGCUACAAUGUAACUGAAUACCAGGCCCAACGCAAUUAUGGUUUCCAAAUCCAUACACAGGAGGGAGUGCAUACCUUGUCGGCCAUGACAGCAGGUAUACGCAGGAACUGGAUCCAGGCAGUGAUGAAGAACGUCAGACCCUCCACUGCCCCUGAUGUGGCAAGUUCACAUGAGGACCAUGGCUCCUUCUCUCCUUUGGAGGGUCUUGUUAGACCAGAUGUCACCCAGGACUCUUCUGAACCCUCAUGUGUGGAGAGAGAAUCCAAUACAGGCAUCAUUAAGAGCCGGGCACGUGAACGUAGACGGGAAGGCCGGUCUAAGACAUUCGACUGGGCAGAGUUCAGACCCAUCGCUCAGGCUCUGGCUCAGCAGAGGGCACAAGAGGCCAAGAGCCUCCAGGAAGACUUGGGAGAGCUCGAGAGGAGCCGGAGGAGAGAGGAGAGGCGAAAGAGGUAUGAGACUGUCACUAGCUCAUCGGCAGAGCAUACAGGAGUGAGGACAGACUAUGACAGAGCAGACGGAGUUGUACACACAGAUUCAUUAGGUUCCACGGCUCUGGAGAGACGGCAGAAGGUGGAGGAGGUGAUUGAACAACACUGGCGACAGGUGGAAGAAACACCUAUACGGGAGGAGAGGAGGGUGCCUCUGCCCACCACAGUGCAGUCUAUGGAGACUGCAGAGCUGGAGCGGCUGUUGGAAAAUUACAAGCAAGGGAUAGAAGACCUCAAGGCGCAGUUAGAGAGCUGUCACCAGCAGCUUCUGGACUCCGGCAAACACAAGCAGGAGCUGGAGCUCCAGCUGAGAACAGCUCUGGAGAGAGAGCAGGACAUCCGCACAGGGUACAUCUCUCCGCUGGAGCACCCUUUGGGUCUGGAGGCUGAUGUGACGCCCCAGACGAAGAGGCCCGAACUGGUUAGUUCUCAGGCACAGAGUUUAACAAAGAAGUACCAGGAGACCAAAGAGCUCCUAAAGCUGCAAGAGCUGAAAAAGCGCAGUAUGCAGGCACAGCUUGGCCUCUCACUUUCUCACCUGCCCAUGGAAUCUUACUUUUCUGAACCCCCAAAACAAUCUAUUCUGGAAGUCCCUUCUCCUGAAUCUGUCCAACAAACAGUUAGCUUCUUGCUCCAGGACAGCAAAGAGGCAAUUCAAGAACUAAAAGACUUAAUAACUACUGAACCUCUUACUUUAACAGAGCUGGGGAAACCUUUGAAAUCCCAUAGUUGUAAUCAAGAGACAACAGAGAAGUAUCAACUUAAGAAGCUCUUGGAAACUUGGAAGGACCAACAGGAGAUAGAAAAUGAAACAAUAAAAAAGAGUUUAGCCAGGGCAGGAGAAAGCAUCCGUGAUUAUGAAGCCCGUCUCCUAACUAUGGAAGAUUUGGUGGGGAAGGUUCAGAAACAAAAAAGCCUCUACAGCCCCCUCUCAAAAAUUGAAAAUCAUUCAGAGACAAAUGAGGUGACAAUUGCAAUGCUCUCUCAGAGGGUUGAACUUUUAACAAAUGAAAAUGGGUCAUUGAAACGACGAUGUCAGGAGAUAGUGAACCAAUUGACUGAGGCUGACAGAGAAAUAGACAGACUGAAAGCCGAGCUCAUCAGCCAGCAGGGGAGCAGUCAGCAUCAUCUGGUUGUUGAAGAGCUGAAAAGACUGAAGGCAGAACUGGCUGAAAACCAAGCUACUGCCAUAGACAGGGAGUAUUAUGAGAGGGAGCUGAAUGAGAAAUCCUUGAGGCUCCAUGAAGCUCUGGUUAUGUUGGAGGAGCUUGGCAACACGCUUAAAGAUACUGAAAAGAAGCUGCAGUUGAAAGAGGCCACGCUGAAAGGUCUGGGCUUUCAGACAGAUUAUGAGGAUGAGGAGUUACACCCAGAGAAAGAGCAACUCAAAGUGCUACUGGAAGCCUCACAAGCAAAGUUACUUGAGACGGAGACAAACCUUCACUCUGCAGAACAGCGCCGUAUAGAACUGGAAGCGAGGAAUUGCGAAUUAAUCACACUGAACCGGGAAUCUGAAAAAGUCAGUAGAGAGAAGCUAACUGAAGCAGAAAACAAAGUAAAAAAGCUACAAGAGAAGUUAGAAUUGAUUACAGGUAGUGAGAGUGUUGAGUCAGGAGAGAAGCAGGUUGAUGAAAAAGGACUUGUAACGCAAGUAAUAAAAGAGAUUGAGUUGAAGUCUGAGGCAAUUGAUCAGGUUGUAGAGAUGUUGGCAAAGAUAGAUGUUAAUGUAAAGAGAAUGCUCAGUGAUUUAAAAAGCACUUUAUUUGAUUCUUGGAAAGAAGAGUCACAGUGUGUGAGUCAACAAGACAAGAGUUUGGUAGUUGAGGGAGAGUUUUGGAGCCAGCUGUUGGGAACCACUGAAGCAAAACCAGAAGAAAACAGACAUAUCUGUGGGAGAAAGGUGGCAGAACAAAUGAUGGCACAGAAGCACUUGAUGCUCUUGAUUGGUAGGAUAUGUCCACAAACAAAAAUUGAGAGUGAAGAAGUGACAGAGACAAAUUUUGAAUCCAUGUAUAGCUGGCUUAAUAAUGACACAAAUGCUCUAAUUCUUAAAAAGCUAACAGAGACCUUGAAGGCAAAGUCAAAUGGUCUGAAGCAGAUUGCGUCCAGUGUGAAACUGGACAAAGAUGACAAGCUUCUGUCUUUGGCUCUAGCAAGCUUUCAUCAUGAGCAUGAUCAUAAACAGAAAGAGUCUGAAUAUCUGCUUGAAGCUCUCAAAGAAGCGUACAUGUCUUAUGUGAUCAUUAGGCUAAAGGUCCAACAUGAGAAAGAGCUCAAGCAAAAGCAGAUAAACAUUCAGAUUGGUAGUUCAGACUGUCCAAAUUGUCCUAAAUUAAGAGAAAUUGCCACUGAUCUCCAGUAUAGAUUAGCGGAGCUUCAGAGUCAGCUAUAUGAGGCUUCUUUGAAAACCGCUACAGGGCCACAGACUUUGAUCCAGAUUGAAGGGGCGCCCAUUGACUCACUGGAUAAAACCAUUGAGCUUCAUGACAUGAUAGCAUGCCAUAGGAAGGAGCUACGAGAGGUCAAAGAUGGCUACGAACGGGAAGCUGAAAAGUUGAGGCAGGAAAUUGCAAAGGCCAGUGAGACACUGCGUCUCCGCUCAGAAGAAAAUGUGAAAGAGAUUGACUCAUUGACAAACUGCAUGCAGAACCUCAAAAAGAAGCAUGAAAUGGAAAGGAAAACCCUACUGGAGCAGUUUGAAAGGGAAAUGGAAGAUCUGAGAAGCAUGAUGAAUCCGGUAAACCCAGACAGGGUUUCAACAGAUCAGAGCAGCACGUCACAUCACACCUUGGCCCAAACCCUAACCCUGAAGGAGCGCAUUCAAGAGCUCGUGACCCAAGUAUCAGUCAUGACCGAAGAGAUGAGACGACGCGAAGAGCAGGGUGACAUUACAACUCUACGGCUGAAAUAUGAGAAAGACCUGGAAAACCUGAAGGCCACCUGUGAGAGGGGCUUUGCUGCCAUGGAGGAGUCCCAUCAGAAGGUGAUAGACGAGCUGCUGAGGAAACACCAGAGAGAGCUGGAGAACCUGCAGGAAGAGAAGGAGAGGCUGCUGGCAGAGGAGACAGCAGCCACCAUCGCUGCAAUUGAAGCCAUGAAAAAUGCCCACCGGACAGAGCUGGAGAAGGAGCUGGACAAGGCUCGCAAGUCCAACAACACCGCAGAGAACGCAGACAUAGAGGAGAUCAACAGACAGCACGAGGAGGAGCUCUGCUCAUUCCAGCGGGAGAUCCAAGUGUUGUCGGAGCAGUAUUCCCAAAAGUGCUUGGAAAACGCCCACUUGGCCCAGGCGCUGGAGGCCGAGAGGCAGGCCCUCAGGCAGUGUCAGAGAGAGAACCAGGAGCUCAACGCACACAACCAGGAGCUUAACAACCGUCUGGCAGCAGAGAUCACAAAGAUGCGUUCCAUGGUAUCAGAAGACGGAGUAGGUCAGACAAACACCACAAUGCAGGGGAAAGAACUCUAUGAGUUAGAGGUGAUGCUGAGGGUGAAAGAGUCAGAGGUCCAGUACCUGAAGCAGGAAAUUAACUCCCUGAAAGAUGAGCUCCAAGCUGCCCAAAGAGACAAGAAAUAUGCAACAGAUAAGUACAAGGACAUUUAUACAGAGCUGAGCAUCGUCAAGGCCAAAGCAGAGCGGGACUUGGGCCUCCUCAGAGACCAGCUGCAACUGGCUCACGAGGCACUCGGGGAGCCGUCACUGGAGGGGGUGGAACGAGGGGGAUACGAUAUCAUGAAGUCCAAAAGCAACCCUGACAUCCUGAAGAUGGCAGCUGCUGCUGCUAAACGCUCUGAGCGCACCAUGAGGUCAAAGUCUGUGAGUCGUGACACAUCCUGGGACAGUUAGGGCUGCUGAGGACGUGUAGGCCUCCUCCCCCUUCUCCUUUAGAGCCUAAAGGAAGGGCUGACAGCUGAGCAGAGACUCCACCUGUUUGACAACAAAGACACUAAGGAGUUCUGACAGCGACACAUCGUGUCGACCUAACUUGCUGCAUGUUUAGAAGUCCACUAUAUUUUAGCUCUGUAAUUACUUAUUUAGGAACACUACACACUGGUCACAAACACAUGGUAUGAAGUUUGAAUUUCAUGUCUAGAGUUUGCAUUCCCUGCACUUCAGUUAACUGUGACAUUUUUGUAUUCUUUUUUUGCUGCCGUGUUUUACUGUAAAUAGUUUUAAUUGAGUAUCUGUCAUACAUACACUAAAACUAUGACUGUGUAAGCUACUGUUUUAACUUCCUAAACUGUUGCUAGCCAAAGGCAUAAAUCAGAUGUUACAGCUAAACAUUGAUGAGUGAUUAAUACUUGCAUAACAAAACCAUA